AAUUGAAUUGAUUAAGUCUUUCUUACUAAACAUCCUUGUGCAAAACUAUACAAUCCCGUGUCUCGUUUUCCUCUUUCUUGUCCUAUCUCCACUUGCCGCCGGCCACCGAGCGACCUACAAAAUGGCCAAAAGAGAAACGGUGAAGAAGGCGGAGCAGCUGGUGGAAAUAGCAAUGGGCUGUAACGACGCUUCACACGAUCCUUCUCAUGUCUCGAGAGUUCGAGACCUUGCUCUCUCACUCGCCCAAGAAGAAGGCCUCUCCUCCACCACUGACUCCAUGGAAAUCGUGGAACUUGCUGCGCUUCUCCACGAUAUAGGUGAUUACAAGUAUUUGAGAGACUCAAGUGAGGAAAAAAUUGUGGAGAAUUUUCUGACGGAAGAGGGAAUAGAGGAAAACAAGAAACAGAAGAUAUUAGCGAUCAUAAAGGGCAUGGGCUUCAAAGAAGAGAUUGCUGGACUUUCUAAAGUUGAAUAUUCUCCUGAAUUUGGGGUGGUUCAAGAUGCCGAUCGUUUAGAUGCAAUUGGUGCCAUUGGAAUUGCACGAUGCUUCACUUUUGGUGGAAGCAAGAAAAGAGUGUUGCACGAUCCUGCAAUUAGUCCUCGAACGUGUUUAUCGAAAGAAGCAUACAUGAAUAAAGAAGAGCAGACUACGGUGAAUCACUUUCACGAGAAGCUACUAAAAAUAAAGGAUUUGAUGAAAACAAAGGCUGGACAGAGAAGGGCAGAGAAAAGACACAAGUUCAUGGAGGAAUUCCUAAAGGAAUUUUAUGAUGAAUGGGAUGGUAAAGCUUGAUUCUAGGGAGUUGUUAUAAAUAAAGGGGGAGGGGAAUGAAGAAAGUGGACAAUAUUUUGGUGAGUGGUUUAGGACUUUGAGAGAUAUAUAGAUUGGAAGGAUCCAAGUACUUUGAAAACUUGGUUUACCUUAUAACUACAUCAUCGUUUAUACAUAUUUAAACAACUUAAUAUCUAUAAUAAAUUGGUGUAUGGGUUUCUCGUAACAUGAAGAAUCUUACUUUUGAUUCAA